GGUCUAUCUGUCUGUCAGGCGGGUGCUGCUGCGGCGCGAGGGGUCGGGCGGCGGUUGGCAGCAACGUUCCGCUCUCUGGUCGACCGUUGGCAGCUCGCGCGGGGAUGGAGGCGCACGAGUCCUGGUCAUUUCCUGAUUCUUUAGCAAGUCAAACCUUAAAUGAACAGCAAAAUAAAACCAAGACAAAUUCUGGAUUUUCAGGGAACGUUGCAAUUGUAGUGGUACCUAUCUUCUUUCUCACUGGUCUUUUAGGGCUAUUAAUUUGCCGAGUUCUCACUAAAAAGGGCUACCGAUGCACAACGGAGAGUGAGUCAGUGUGUGAAGAGCUUGUUCCUGAGACAGAAAUUGAACUCCAUGAUAAUGAGUGCAAUGCUGAUACCAUUGGACAAAUGGUGCAUUGUAUUAUGAAAAAUCCAGCUAAUGUUGAAGCAUUGCAUGCUAUGGUAGACAAUAAUAAAGAAAGUGCCAAUGGUCCUCCCAGUCCACUUACUCCUGAAAGUCCUGUCACUCCCUCGUCACCAACCGGAAGCCCAACAAAUAAUAAUUUUCAUCAUCUACAUACUGUUGGUGGAGCAGCAGGGAUAAGCUCUUGUUCACGUUGCAACCAUCGAAAGCCGAGGAGUGUAAAAGAAUUUCGGAGGAGUCGACCUGGGGAGGUCACAGUGUUAUCUGUGGGAAGAUUUCGUGUUACACAUGUUGAUCCAAAAACACGUUCCAGUAAUCAAAAAGAGUUGCUUCCAGUGCCUCCAGAAAGUGCCAACACGAUCAACACCACCCACUCAGAUGACUGUGAAGUGCCAAACUCACCAACAAAAUUGAAUGAAAAAGAGGAAACUGAAGCUUUGCAGAAAGUUGUUUGAUGAGCAGUUGAAAUCACGUCAAGAGCAGACAAGAGGUGUUGCACGUUCCUGAAUGAAAACCAAAAUAUGAAAUUGACUUUGCAUCGAACUGUAUAGAAGUGGUCUUUUUAAAUGUUUCCAGUAUUUUUUUAAAUGUUGUAUGGUUAUCCAUAUGAAAAAUUAGCAGAGGCCAAAACAUGUAAAAAUAUAUUUUUAGUCAUGAAUCAUAUAUGUAUUUACAUUGGUCAAUAUACUUGCUAGAAAUAUUUUGCCGUCAUUUUGAAUUCCUUUACAUUGAACUCAUUAAUGCCUCAUGGUGGGGCAGAGAUGGUUUGGGAAUGUAAAACAUUUUUUAUAUUGGAAUUAACAAAUAUCAUUUAUUUCCAUUUGUAAUAGAAGCAAUUAUAAUAUAAAUCUUAUGUAUUCAAGAAAGCUUUAUUUCUGCUAUUUAAACUGGAUAAUUGAAAUGAGGUGCUGUAAUCUGCCGUGGUGCUACAGAAGGAGAUAAAUCAGCAAGAUUACCGUUUGUGGCUCCACGAUCUUGACGUUUCUGCAUUUACAUUUGUUUGACUUAUUCUGAACAAGAACAUGGAAUUUACUCUUUCCCCUUCUGUGUUUCAAAUAUAGAAAAUUAGUCUCUUCGUUUCAAAAAAUCAAUUAAUUGAGGUACCAAAGGGCAUAUCAUUCUCAUGAAAUUUCAGUAAGAGUUUGAGCGAAUUGAGGCAAUUUGGAUAAAAAGGUGGUGGGAGGGAGAAUUAAAUAUAAAUGCUUGAGAAACUCAGCGGGUGUGGCAGCAUCUACGGAGAGAAGAAAUAGGUGACGUUUCGGAUCUCGACCCUUCUUCAGACCAAUAUAAAGUAACAUCUUCUAAUAUGCGUGGACUUGCAAAGAUGUGAAUCCAAAACAUGUAUGCUUUCCUGCAUGAAAAUGUUAAUGAUGGUAUUCUGGCUCAACCUUCAAAUAACUGGGAAAUGCGUGGACUUCUUUUCAAAUAAUAUUAUACAAAAUACCGGAUGGGUCAUUGCAGCUCCAUGUUUACUUUAAUAAUUUAAUAGUUUUUGAUGUAGUGAAGGGAACAUAUUUGUGCUGUAAGGUAAAGUAUGAUUUUCUUCACAAGUACACCCUUGUGAAGAAAACGUUUUAAAUUGAUGUGGGUGUUAAGUAAUAGGCAAAAAAAUGGAUAAGAAAUAUACCUGAAUAGAUGAAAAAUUAGUUUUCUUAGCUCAAUAAAGUAAAAUUGACCUGUUAGUUUAUAAAUCAUGUCUAGCUAACCAUUGCAAAAUGCUAAUGGAGUACAACUAUUUGAAAAUGCAAUGCUGCUUAUCAAAAUAAAAAGCUGCUUUUAUUUAAACUCCAUGCUCUUGACACUAGCAAAAAACAAAAAAAUGUGUAGUUCUGUCAUUCCAAUUUGUAAAUCAUAAGCACAAGACCCAAUCUAGUUAAUUUUCAACAGGGUUGAUACUCAAAUACUAAAAUUGACAUUUAAGUCUUCAAUUCCCUUGAGCUCCAACAGUCGAUUUGCUGACUAAUGGCUUUUCCUGGAAAGUGUGAUCACUUUGGACAUGAUGUAUAAACAUCAAGCAUAGUGAUGUUGCCCUGCUUGGAACAUUUUCUAUUGGUAGUCACUGCAGAAUAAAAUAUGAAGGGGAAAUGCCAACUAGUCGAACUGCUGGAAGGUGGGUCAAGCAGCAUCUGUGCACCAAAAUGAGCAGGUGAUGUUUUGAGUUGCGAUCCUUCUUCAGUUUGUUUUCCUUUCCCCUCCAAGUUUCCAACAUCUAGUCUUUUGUAUUUCCAUUUGCUAACUGGUCAUGUUGCUGAAGGAAAAAAAAGGCUAAAAUACAAGGAGUAUCAACAAUUAAAAUCGUGACACCUUUUAAGGAAUGGAAUGUUUCUGUGGUGGCCAAUCUUACAAAAACGAGGGUGCAAAACUCUUCUGUGUUGCACCACAGCCAUUACAAUAAUUGUUCACGACUCAUUAUCCUGACAUUGUAAAAUCGUACCAAGAUAUGUUUAUUUAAUGUUUACAUUGUAUUUAUGUGCAAUAAAGUUUCUUUAACAUUUAGCUCCCAUCCGCUGGUACUGCGCACAUAUGGUAAUAUGGCAGCUUUUAUUGGAUUGCAACAUUAUAUCUUGCAGUACUUGGUAUUCUGAUCUGCUUCUCUAGCUGUGCAGAAAUAGAAUUCAAGUUGUUGAAAUGUGUUCUGGAAAAAUACACCAUUAAGACAUCAAAUGUGUGAUUGUAGCACAUGGGUUCAGAAUUGUUUUUUGCAUAUGGUUAAUUGACCUGACCAAAGGAACCUUUUGGGCGAACAAUCGAUAUACCAGUGAACUUAACAACAAUAACUUUUCAUUUAGCAUUAACAGUUUCAGGACAUUCUUUGGGAGUAAAUGAAAAUAUAUGGUGUCGUGCAAAUAUUAAAGUUACCUUUUAAAAAAAAAAGCUGUGGCAAUGUGUUCUGUGUAACAUGAAUCAUUUAAUAAUAAUCGAGCUGUUUUAUCCUUGGGUGGUACCCUUGAGGAAUAAACUUCAAUUAUGUGGAUUCUAGGAUUGUUCUUUGUGCAAUAUUCAUUUUUUAAACCUUUUUGUUGUGACGUACUAACUUUAUGGCUUUACAUCCAUUUUUUUGGAGGCUUAUUUUGCAUACAGUUUUUCUUUGCAGAUUUGUAAGUGUUCUGUAUACUUUGGCAGGUUUACUUUUUAAGCAUCCUAUCAUGCUUCUUGAAUAUAUCACAAAUGUUAAGUUCAGGAGUAGCUUUUGUGGGUGGGGAAUGCAGGAACCAUGCAGGGAGGGAUCAAUUGAAACCUUGAUUCUUCUUGGUGCUGUGCCUGCAUUGGUUAGUAAUAUUUUAAAUCUACAUUUAAAACUACAUUUUAAUACAUGAAAUGUCUCUUGUUUAUGCAAAUGUUCAAUAAAAUAUUGUUGCUCUAGUCUAA